UCCCUUACUUCCCAUUACACUUCCGCCCACACUCUAGGCAACGUCAUUUGUGCGCGACUAUACGUCAGACGUCAUUCUCACUGCAGAAAGAUGGCAGGUCGGGCACCGGUUGCUGCGUCAGGCCGACUCUUGGACGGUUUGAGGAAAUGGUAUUAUAAUGUUGCCGGAUUCAACAAGCUCGGUUUAAUGAGAGAUGACACCAUUUAUGAAGAUGAUGACGUGAAAGAAGCAAUAAGGAGGCUGCCACCUACAGUUUAUGAUGACAGAAUUUUCCGUAUUAAGAGGGCACUGGACCUUGGCAUCAGACAGCAGCACCUCCCAAAAGCACAGUGGACUAAAUAUGAAGAGAAGAUCUAUAGCUGACCUGGUGCUGCCUUCACUGCUCACAGCACAAAUCAGACUAACGGACAAUACAGACAGGCUGAAAAGAAUCCUCUCUAGCACCACAGCAUCUGACUUCCGGUUUUUCAAAGAAGUCGGGCUAGGAGACGUGGAGCGUGCACGUUGGAUGUAGCAGAGGGCAUGCCGCCUUAUCCCUACAAUCGGAAGCAGAUAUUUAUUAUGGUAUUUUUAAAAGCAUUAAAAUAGUUAACAUUGUGUUUUAUGGAGUUGUUACUGAAGGGGGCUAUAAUGGGUUUUUUUUUUACUUACAAAUUUUAAGUGUUACUGGUCCUUUAACUACAGUACCUAGUCUCCCCUGACAGCCUUUUGCUGAAUCUUGACAUUGGUGAGCUUUUAAAGUGACAGUGACAUGCCUUUCUGUGCCCAGAGAUAAAGCUCCUUCAUCUGAUUCCAACUAUCCCAGCCCUUUCCAUUGAUAUCAUCUUGCCCUGCAAUACCCAGGCUAUUCCAUAAGUGCAGUCCCACCAUCAGAAAUAGAAAUCCAUCUGGUACAAUUGAGUCCUUCUAAAAGCAAUGAGCCAUCCCCCCCCAAAAAAAGACUGCUCUAACAGUGGUUGAAGAGUCAUUUGCUGGAGACCCCUGGUUUAAAAACACUGGGGCUCAAUUAUAAACACUGGGCAAAAUUGCACCUAGGCAGUAACCCAUAGCAACCAAUCAGUGAUUAGAUUUUUUCUAAGGAAAACAACGAAAGCAAUCAUCUGAUUGGUUGCUGUGGGUAACUGCCCAGGUGCAAAUUUGCCCAGUGUUUAUAAAUUUUCGGGUCCUUAAAAUUCUUCAAAGUUAAGUCUCCAAUUUUUUAAUAAAUGACCCCCCAAUCGAAUUUCAACUAAAACUGAAUUCAUGUGAGUUAAAAAAAAAAAAAUAAAAAAAAAAAACUCGCAUGGAUUUGAAAUUUGACCCUUGAUAAAUGUGCCUCUUAAUGUAAAUGAGGCUAAUAUGUGAACGGCGUAUAUUUAAUGAUGUCACUGAAAUGAUUGAAUUCUGUUUUUGCUUUAAGGAUGUUCACUAUCUGGAACCAUAUCUGAAAGAAGUGAUUUGUGAAAGAACA